AUGAUCGAGUCGCUUCUAUCUGGCGUAUCAACUUUGGCUGAAUGCGAUUCUCAACUUGCUCAAAUUCCAUCCUCAUUAGAAAAGUGUCGACGUCGAUGUUGGCUAGAAACAGAAUCAAAAACGGAUACUAUUGAAACAAGUACGGGUAAUGUUCUAAAUGAAUCGAUCAACUCUUCAGAGUUGUUCCUCGCGAGUGUCGUUAAAGUAUAUUGUACAAGCACAGCACCCAAUUUUCACAUGCCGUGGCAGAUGCUAUCUCAAACAAAUUGUACAUCGAGUGGUUUCGUUAUUAGUACUCAUCCGUCAAAAAGAUGGAUUAUGGGUAAUGCACAUGGUGCAACACACCCGACAAACAUUCGCAUUUGUAAACACGGGGAUGUAACGAAAUAUGUGGCACGAGUUCUACACAUUGGACAUGAAUGUGAUCUGGUUUUGUUGACGGUUGAUGAUGAACAAUUUUGGAUCGGUUUACAAGAAUUGUCAUUUGGAUAUUUGCCUCGUCUGCAAGAAACGGUAGUCGUUGCUGGCUAUCCGACGGGCGGUGACAACUUGAGUGUAACUAAAGGUGUUGUGUCACGCGUGACGAUUUCAACGUAUUCACAUAGCCUGGAGCAACUGUUGACAAUACAAAUUGAUGCAGCGAUAAAUAUGGGGAAUUCAGGUGGACCAUGUAUUCAAGGAACGCAUGUGGUUGGCGUGGCAUUUCAGGGUAUUGCACAAAGUCAAAAUAUUGGUUAUAUCAUUCCUGUUCCAAUUAUUUUCCAUUUUCUUGAUGAUAUUGACAUACAUUCUUGUUAUACUGGCUUCCCUCGUCUCGCAUUUGACUGGACACCAAUGGAAAAUAAGAGCAUUCGUGAAUAUUUCGCCAUACCACCUAAUAAACAUGGUAUUCUUGUAAAUGGAAUUGAACGGGCAUGUUUAAUUAGUCAAGUUCUGAGAAAGAACGAUGUUAUCACGAGUAUCGAUGGCAUACCACUGGGUGAUGACGGAACAAUCCACUUUCGUCGAGGCGAACGUAUAUCGUUUCGUUCCAUCGAAAAAUCAAAAUUUAUCGAUGAAGAAAUAAGUCUGUCAGUGAUACGCGACAAUCGCGAAUUGACAAUAACAUGUUCUCUAGAUUCAAAUCCGACGACAGUCCCAUAUCAUUUACACGAUCAAUUACCCCAAUAUAUAAUAUAUGCUGGUAUAGUGUUCACUCCGCUUACGCGCAGUUAUUUAAAAGCGUAUGCAACAAGUGAGUGGUAUCGGUGUGCUUUUGCGUUUGGUAUAACAAAUUUGAUUGAUUAUGUGUUGAAUAGAACACUAUUGAAACAAGAGAAAGAUGAACAAAUAAUUAUAUUGAGCCAAAUACUUGUCGAUACAAUAAAUAAUGGUUAUACGUCUAGUUGUCAUAAUAAACGAUUGUUUAAAGUGAAUAAUGUUGAAAUCAAAACUAUGAAGCAGAUGAACGAAGUAUUGGAAGGGCUACUGGCGAAUGAUCUCGUUGAAUAUAUUCGGUUUGAAUUGGAAAACGAUGGUCUUAUCGUCAUUUCAAAAGCGGAAGCGAAACAAGCGAAUGAACGAAUAUUAAAACAGAACAAUAUUGUAUAUGAAAAAAGUAAAGAUUUAAUAUGA